CUCUUCUAAUGUCAGUCAGAGAAUGAUUUUCUCUGCUCCGAAAUCUGCAGAAUAGAAAGCGUAUGUUGUCGGUCAGCCUGGAAGAAAAUUCAACGAGCCUACCUUGUCAUGAGUGUUUUCUGUCGUUUACUCUCGAGAGGACUUCUCUGCGGACGGGCAACAUGUCGGUUUGUAACCGGACAGCAGGAUUUCAGCGGUGGCGUGCUGCGGAUGACUCGGGCGGUUGGCUCGACCAGCCCUGUGAACCUAACCUAUGACGUGUUUGACGGGACAGGGGACGGCACCCCCCUGGUGUUCCUCCAUGGGCUGUUUGGCAGCAAGUCCAACUUCCACUCUAUAGCCAAGUCCCUGGUGCAGAGGACAGGUCGAAAGGUGCUGACGGUCGACGCCCGUAACCACGGUACCAGCACACACAGCACCGAUCUGACCUAUGAGGCGAUGACCAAUGACUUGACGCACUUGCUCGCCCAGCUGCACAUCGGGAAAUGCGUCCUGAUUGGCCACAGCAUGGGGGGCAAGGUCGCCAUGACAACAGCCCUGUCGCAGCCUGGCCUGGUGGAGAGGUUGGUAGUGGUGGACAUCAGUCCAGCCCAGACCACCACCCGUACCAACUUCCACUCCUACAUCCAGGCCAUGAAGGAUGUGAAGAUCUCUAGCGACAUCCCUCGCUCGACCGCCCGCCGCAUGGCCGAGGACCAGCUACGCAAACUGGUCAAGGAGCGCUCAGUGCGCCAGUUCCUGCUGACCAACCUGGUGGAGCAGAAUGGACACUACGCCUGGAGAGUCAAUCUGGACGCCAUUGCCGCACACCUUGAUGACAUCAUGAGCUUCCCAACAUUCGAAACCACAUACGAGGGCCCCACCCUCUUCCUGGGCGGAGCCAGUUCUGCCUACAUCAGUUCUGAGGACUAUCCAGAGAUCCAGCGGUUGUUCCCAUGUGCAGACAUCCAGUACAUCCCAGACGCCAGCCACUGGAUCCACGCAGACAAACCCCUGGACUUCAUAAGCUCCAUCAGCUCCUUCCUGCAGCCCUAACCUACCCGGUUCCAACCCUCUCCACCACCUAAUUUACUGUUCCAACCCUCUCCACCACCUAAUUUACUGUUCCAACCCUCUCCACCACCUAAUUUACUGUUCCAACCCUCUCCACCACCUAAUUUACU